UUCCACCAUUUUGAGUGUCGCAGCAUGUCGGUUGCUCCACCUCAGUCAACUGUUUCUGGUGGGUUCGACACAAAUUCUGCUUUUGCGGAUGCGCUUGAGAGAGCUCGUCAGAUAGCAGCAAAGAUUAAUCCUGGUGGUGGUGGUGAUACUGGUGCCACUGGUGGAACUAAGCGUCCUCUUGAAGACAAUAUGGAUCUUUUAGGUGAUGGUUCUCCUGACCCUAAGAAGUUAGCGUCAUUCAAAGAUCCAAUUGGUGCCCAGUUAGCUGCCAUUCAUCAACAGAGAUCUAUUCCUGGUUCUAAUGCAGUUGCAGUAGAAGAGUGGAAAGUUCCUGAUAAAAUGGUUGGUCUGCUUAUUGGAAGAGGUGGUGAACAAAUCAAUAGAUUGCAGGCUGAAUCAGGAUGCAAAAUUCAGAUGGCAGCUGAUAGUGGAGGUACUCCAGACAGAUCGUGUACACUGACCGGAACUAAACAAUCAAUAGAUAUGCUGUUUUGUAACAGACGAGCAAAAGAGUUAAUGGGGCAAAUUAUAAACAGAGGUGGUCCGCCCCCUAUUCAUAUGGAUGUUAAUCAAGUACCUGAGGGACAAGUGGUCAUAGAUAUGAUAAUCCCAGGUGGUAAAGUAGGCCUAGUCAUAGGAAAAGGUGGUGAAACAAUAAGACAACUUCAGGAGCGGGCAUGUGUAAAAAUGGUUAUGAUUCAAGAUAGUCCACAGCAGACGGGAAUGGACAAAGCACUCAGGAUAAGUGGAGAACCUUCAAAGUGCGAGUUUGCAAAACAGCUAGUGAUGGACCUUUUAACAGAAAAAGAACUACAGAAUGCUAACAGAGAUGGUAUCUUCAUGGGAGGAGGGCCUCCAACAAAUGAUUAUGGAUCUGUGCCUCCUGGUGCACAAGAGAUUUUAGUACCAAGGCAAGCAGUUGGAGUGGUUAUAGGGAAAAGUGGAGACAUGAUUAGACGAAUCCAGCAAGACUCUGGAGGAGCUAAGGUCCAAUUCCAACAAGGGAAAGAUGAUGGUCCAGGUGACAGAAUUUGUUUAGUCAGUGGAAACCCAGAACAAGCUCAGAGGGCUGCAAACAUCAUACAUGACCUGAUUCGCAGUGUUUUGAUGAGAGACCAACAAAAUGUUGGUAGAGGACGUGGCAGAGGAUAUGAUGGGGGCCCAGGAGGCCCACAAUUUGGUCCACCAGGUCCAGGAAUGGGAAGAGGUCGACCUGAUGGUGACAUGCAGGAAAUUACUUAUUCAGUUCCUGCGAAUAAAUGUGGUCUUGUCAUAGGCAAAGGUGGAGAAGCAAUAAAGGGAAUUAACCAAGAGAGUGGAGCACACGUUGAAUUGUCAAGAGGACCACCUCCAAACCCUCAUGAGAAAGUGUUUAUUAUCAGGGGAGCUCCUCAACAGAUUGAGCAUGCACAGCAGUUGAUAAAUGAAAAAAUUGGAGGAAGUGGAAAUGUACAUCCAAAUGGUGGUCCUCCUGGACCUAAUGGACCAGGGCCUGGUCCUGGACCUUACCCAACACAGUACCCUCAACCUUAUCAACAGCAGCCUGCACCACCAAACCAACACUAUGCUCCACAGGGGUGGGGCAAUGCCUACCAACAUUGGCAAAACCAACCAGCAGCACCAAAUGAUCCUACAAAAGCUGCUGCUGAUGCAAAUGCUGCAGCAUGGUCUGCUUAUUAUGCUCAGUUUUAUAAUCAGCAACCACAGGGGCAGCCUCAACCCCAAGGCCAACCACAGCCUUCCCAGCCACAGCCAGCCCAACAACAAUCACAGCCUGCAACUACAGCAGGUGGACAACCUGAUUAUAGUGCAGCGUGGAUAGAAUACUAUCGAGCUUUGGGAAAACACCGAGAAGCAGAGAUUAUUGAGCAGCAAGCUCGUGCUAACCAACAGGUAGGACAACAAUAUGCUCAGCAGCCACAACCUUCUCUAGCUCAGUCUUCUGCUCCAGCACCACAAGGACAACAGCCACCUACAGCACCUCAGCAGCCACAACCUGCACCAACUGGAGCUCCUCAAGGACAACAGUAUGGGGGUCCAGCUCCAUCAGCUCAGUGGAAUCCUGGAGCAUAUACCCAGCAGCAACAACAACAACAACAACCCCCACCUCAACAGCAGCCCUUUCCCCAACAAAAUCCAUAUGCUGGGUAUAAUUACUCUGCCUAUGGGCAGUAAUAUUGUGUACGUCAAAUUAGGUAUGCUGAAAAAGGAGUUCAUUGCUGGUCUGUCAUACUUGAAAUUUGAUGAUGAUGAUGACUCCAUUUGAAGGGUUUCCUGAAUAUAUCUUGUUUUUGUGGUAGUGAUUUGUGUCUAUGUGUACCCAGGUAACUAUGUGGAUGCCCAUGAAAAAUUCAACAUACACAACACAAAAUUUUUAUUUAGUUUCAUUAUCAUGACAAGUAGUUUUUAAACAAGUACAUUUAACUGUUAAUAACUGUAGGACUUCCAGUAGGUAGGUCUCAUUUUUAAACCUAUCUCCUUUCACUUCUUAAGGGUCCCUGUAUGAAAAAAAAUUGUAUAGACGUUGUGAUGUUCUUAAAUUUGGUUGAAUGUAACUUGCAUUGAUUCUAGGAUUUUACAGUGAUGGUCUACACUUCACAUUCCUUGGUAUUAAUAGUGUCUGUUUUAAAUAACAUGCUUGAACUUUUGUAAAUCACCCCCACUCCUAUGCAAAAGAAAAUUUAUCCAGAUGUUUUUUCAGUACAAACUGUAAGACAAGAAUUGAAGAGGAUAAAAGUCAAGGCAAGGAAAAAAUGAGUACUUUUUAAAUAAUUUCUGGGUCUUUUAGAUGUGAAAAAAUGAAACAGACUUAUAAGUAAUAUUAACAGUUUAUGAUACUAAUGAAUUUGUUUUUGAAUUAUUUUAUUUCUGUGAAUUACAAAAACUAUCUUUCCAGUGUUUAAAGUACGACUGUAGGUUCCUCUUGUAUGGUAAGGCUUUCUUUAGUUUACCAGUGACAUACACGCACACACAAACAAGUGUGUGUUGUGAUUCGGGCUUAAAAAAGGGCUUUUAAGGAGUGAAAGUUUUUAGCUGUGUAUGACACAUUGUUUUGUACCCUUGUGAUCAAUAAAUCAUAUUUUCAGUGCUUAAUAAAGUUAAGGUGAUUAAA